AGGGAGAGCGAACUCUCCCCACUCUCAGCCGUACCAGGGCAUUUGGGGAGGCAAUGUUGGUGUGGUGCUUUCUUUCUCUUGGGCACCAUUUAAUAAAAACAUCCGAAUUAAGAUGUUACACACUACUGGUUACUGUACUUUUAACUUUGUGCUGUGUUAUAAUCAUAUCAUGUUAAUUGGUUUUGUAACCUCACUAUUUAUUAUUAUUCUUAUUACCACCACCAUUAUUCAUUAGCAGCUAUUAACUGUAGACAUUUAUGCUUGUCUAAAUUCUUUAUGUUGGUAUCUUUUGCUAACAGAGUUUUCGUUCCUGCUUUUUUGUUUGUUUGUUCAUUCAAUUGUUAACUGUUGUCUAUUGACAAUGAACGUACUGUUCGUGUGUGUGUCUGUUUAAUCCAUCUUAGUUUGUUCAUCUGAUCAGUUGUGUUAUUGGAUAAUUUUCGUGCAAAUUACUUUUUAACAAACUUCUUCAAUCAUAUAAUGUGAUGCAUGUGAACUACUACACCAAUGUGUUCGUUCCCAUUAUAUCUAUGUGUACAUAUAUAUACGUUUUAUGUAAUGCUAUGCCUGUAAACUACUACACCAGCGUAUUAUGUAACACAUUGAACAUUAUUAUUCUAUUUGAUUUCCGCAUUAUCAUAUCUUCCCUCACUCAGAUAACAAUCGUUAGCUUUAUGUAUAUUUCUUUGCUUAAUAUUCACUUUUCUUUGUUUUCUUCUUCUUCUUAUUUAUUUAUUCAUAGGCACCAAUGUGACUAAAACUAAUUCACGUACUGAUUCAUCCUAUUCAUCAAGACGACAUACAAAUUCUCGUAAUCCUACUUCUACUGGUCAUCAAUCAAAAAAUUCACGUGACAGUUCAUUAGUUGUUCCACAUUCUACAACAGCGAGUACAACAGCAAGAACUCGUUUAAAAAGUCCUCAAAGUGUUCGAUUAAGUUCAUCAUCAACUACUUUAAAUAAUCAAGGGGUUGGUGUUAGUGGUGCAACAAAUCAAACAAGACGAAAUCGAAUUACUAGCGCUAGUUCAGAGGAUAGACAAUUUAAUAAUUUCAAUAAUAAUAAACAUGAAAGGGAUAACAAAACUUUAUCUAUGUAUGAAUAUAAUGAUAUGAUAAUGUCACGACAAAGUGAACCUAUUACUUACCAACAAAAAUCAUCCACUUUAAAAUCGAAUACAUCUUCACGAUAUUAUGAAGCUUCUACUGGACCAUCUGGUUAUACAGUAUUUUGGAGAUCAGCUUAUGAUGGUGAAUUAGAUGAUAUAUAUCGAAUGAAUCAUUGUCAAAGUCCUCCAGGUCAACAACAUUCUGUAUCUGUAUCUUCAUCAUUUCGAAAAAAUCAUACCGUUGCUCCACCGCCACCGCCACCGGCUCUCCCACCAUCAUCUUUAUGUAUACCACCAAAUCUUGUUCGUCGUGGUCGUCAAUCCUCUGGACCAUCUUCUUCAGCCUAUUAUUGUGCUACUGAUUCAGAUGAUCGUUCUGUACAUUUAACAUCAACUAGUCGUUCUCUUCAUCCUACUGCUUGGAAACCUGGUGGAGUAGCAAUUUGUCCUGCAAAUCGAGAAAUGAUUCAAUCAAUGAACAAACCAUCAUGUAUACCCAAAUUUCAUGAUGAUGACUCCAAGGAAACUACUUAUUUACCAGGUGAUGGAAUUCUACGAUUUUAUAUUCGUGGACGUCCAGUCAAUGUUUAUAUGCCUACACAAAUUAUGCAAAAUUAUGAUUUGUCAAUUCCAUUGAAAGCACCAGAUACGACGUUGAAAUUGGAAUGGAUUUAUGGUUAUCGUGGACGAGACUGUCGAAAUAAUUUACAUUAUCUUCCAACUGGAGAGUUGAUUUAUUUUGUUGCAGCUGUUGUAGUAUUGUAUAAUAUUGAAGAGCAAUGUCAAAGACAUUAUUUGGAACAUACGGACGAUGUAAAAUGCAUUGCCAUCCAUCCUGAUCGUAUUACUGUGGCUACUGGUCAGUCUGCUGGACAUGAUAAACAGUUUGGAAAACCACAUGUACGAAUUUGGAGUUCAGUCGAUUUGAAAACAUUGAAAAUUAUAGGUUUAGGCGAAUUUGAACGUUCCGUAUGUUGUUUGUCUUUUUCAAAAACGGAUAGCGGAGUUAAAUUAUGCGCAGUUGACGAAGCUACGGAUCAUGUAAUUUCAAUAUGGGAUUGGCAGAAAAAUCGCAAAAUAACGGAGACUAAAUGUUCCACAGAACCUAUAACAGCUGUUGAAUUUCAUCCAUUAGAUGAUGCAACACUUGUAAGUGGUGGUAAAGGUCAUUUAGCAUUUUGGACAUUCGAUGGAUGUACAUUAAGUAAAAAGAUGGGAAUAUUUGAAUAUUUUUGUUCAUGGAAUGGUAAACAGCCAAUCGAGAAACCGAAAUUUAUACUUUGUUUAACAUUUGCUGAAAAUGGUGAUCUACUGACUGGUGAUUCUGCUGGGAAUAUUAUUGCAUGGAAACGAGGUACAAAUACAGUGAAUCAAAUAUGUCAAGGUGUACAUGAAGGUGGUAUAUUUUCAUUAUGUUUAACAAAUAAUGGACAUCUUAUAUCUGGUGGUGGGAAAGAUCGUCGUUUAGUAUUUUUUGAUGCAGCUCUUAAUCCAACUGGUCGUACUGAAGAAUUAACUGAAUUAUAUGGUGCUGUAAGAACUAUUACACAAGGUCCUGGAGAAUUAUUAAUUAUUGGGACAACAAAAAAUAUGAUACUACAGGCUGGUCCUGGUAUGGAAAUAAGUCCUUUAAUGUUUGGUCAUUCUGAAGAAUUUUGGAGUCUUGCUAAACAUCCACAAGCUCAUCAAUUUAUAACUGGUGGACGUGAUCAUUUAGUAAUUUUAUGGGAUUCAUUAUCAAAACAAGCUAUUUGGUCAAAAGAAUUCACUGAUGCUAUACAUUGUGCUGCAUUCUAUCCACUUCAAUCAGUUUUAAUAACAAAUGGAACUAUGAGUCCAGUUAAUAAUCAUAAUAAUGAUAGUAAUAUUAAUGGUAAUAAUGUAAUUGAUGAAACAAAUAAUUUAGAUUUCAAUGUAUCAAUGAUGAAUUCACAUGAUUUAUUAAUAGUAUUAGGUACAAGUACAGGACGUUGGUUAGUAUUCAAUUGUUUAAAACAAGAAAUAAUUGCUGCACAUUCUGAUGGACUUGGUGAACAGAUUGAAUGUGUUGCAUAUUCACCUGAUGGGAAUUACUUAGCUCUUGGUUCACGCGAUAAUGUUAUUUAUGUAUAUAAUGUGUUAGAACGUGGCUACAAAUAUAAUCGUGUUGGACGAUGUUGCGGUCAUACUAGUUUUAUCCUACAUAUUGAUUGGUCUGUAGAUGGUCGAUUUAUACGUUCUGUAUCAGGUGAUUAUGAAAUAUUGUUUUGGACUGCAUUUGAUUGUAGACAAGUUGUCUCACCUAGUACACUACGUGAUUUAGAAUGGGCUAGUCAAACAUGUACAAUUGGUUGGGAAGUAGCUGGAAUUUGGCCAUCUGAUUCAGAUGGUACUGAUGUUAAUGCUUGUGAUCGUAGUCCAACUGCUGAUAUAUUAGCUACUGGAGAUGAUUAUGGAAAAGUUAAACUAUUCAAAUAUCCAACUAAUAAACCAAAGGCCGAAUUUCGUGCUUAUAAUGGUCAUUCAAGUCAUGUAACAAAUGUAACAUUUUUAUAUGAUGGAUCUAGACUAAUAUCUACUGGGGGCAAAGAUACAGCUGUAUUACAAUGGGAAGUAUGCAUUUGACACAUGAUUUUCUUUUUGUGAUAAAUACAUAUUCAUUCAUUUUAAUCAUUCUCUUCUUUCUUCAACACUGUUCAUAGUUAUUAUUCUCUUUUUCUAAUCAUAAUCACCAUAUCAACUACACCUCAAUCAUGUUUGGGGGGGGCAAUAAAAAAAUAAAGAGUAUUCUAUAGUUGUCUGUAUGCUUUUCUAAUGCUUUCCAAUGUAGAUGUAUUUGUCACAGUCAUCUAUUAUUCAUAAUGUGUGCUCAUGUAUGUGUGCAAUACAAUCAUAGUUACAGAUGAAUACAAUUUAGCAUAGUUGAUUUACUAUUAUAAUCUAUAACUUCCUCUUAUUAAAAUUAAUUAACAUGUUUGUUUGUUAUGGUUACCAUCAUUCCCCCCCUCCGACAAAAAAUUUCCCCCCUACAUAUAUACCAUAUCAAUAAAUUAUUUAUUACUUCCACUAUUCAUAAUAAUAAUAAUCUUAUUGAUUGUUUAGACUGUUUACUCACUUACCUCACCUACCUACCUACCUACUUACUUACUUUGUUCUUCUCAUACUUAUCGAUAACUUUUCUUCUCUGCUUAUUUCCUCUCUGUUUUUUUUCUUUUUUUGUUGUUUUAUCAUUGCCAAAUUUUGGGCAAAAUUAUUGUCAAUGUUGUGUUUACGUAAAAUGAGUAUUAUGAUUAAUGUCCGUGUAUUUGUGAAGUCGAUUAUUUCUGUUUUUUGAGUUAUUACACUAUUUCAUUCUUCAUUUCCUGGAAUUAUUUUAUGGAUUAAGGAAAAAAAGAUAACUUGGAGAUUUCCACACACACACGUGCACACACACAAAUAUAUCAGCAAAACUAUAUAUAACACUAAAUAAUGUAGACUAUUCUAUUGACUUCUGUCAAUAAUCCUAUCCGGAUAUCAUUGAUCAGUUGACAACAUUCGAUGGAAGAACCAAGAAAAAAGAAGAAGAAGAAGAAGGAAAUGAACAAUGUAUUUAUUUACACGGCUUCUCUUUUAUUUCUUGUCUUCAUGUUUUAAAACGUUUACUGGUUACCAUUCUCAUUCCAUUCCAAUUCCUUCUUUUACUUAUACAGGCAUAUAUAUUUGAUUCCGAUUCAUUCAUUGUUUGUAUUCUCAUAAUGAUGAUGAUGAUGAUGAUGAUUUUUCUUGUAUGGCGUUUUCUUCUUUCUUGUUUCCUUCAUAAAUUCUAUCUUUCUCCCAUAUAUUGAUGUUGUGUGUAAAUGGGCAAAUUGUUUAUCAAUAAAUAGAAUGCGGUUUUCAACUCUUUCUCUUUAUGGUCAUUGGUUUAUAUACAAUGAGAGAGAGAUAUCUUAAACGUAUUCAUUAUUCUAGUAAUAUAUAUAUGUAUUGUAUUAAUAAAUUAUGGCAUAGAUUGUUUUCUUUUGGUUUGUAUGUAUGUACUACUUAAUUUGACUACUACUUAUUAUCAACAUUCUAUUUAGUUAUAUUUAUUGCUUCUAUGGUUUAUUUUGUUCAUUUCAUUGUUUGUUCUUUUGAUAUUGCCGGUUAUAUGUCUUCUUUUCUUUUUCAUCUUCAUAUUAUGAAAUAGAUCAGGAUCAUAAUGAUCCAUUCAAAUGUGUUUUCCUCAUUUGUUGAUGUUUAUCUUAUUCUUUCUUUGAUUAUAUAACAUAUUUAGUUUUUACUUUGUGCAUAAAUUGUUUAAUAAUGCCUAAUUGAUCUCUUUUUUUUUGGAAAAAUGGAAAAAAUUAUUUUUCUCUUAGUGAUUAUUACUUCUAGUUAAGUUUUUUUGAUUUGUAAAGUUUUCUUCAGUAUUGAUUGUAGUUGGAAAUUUGAAACUUUGGAUACUAAGAUAAUGAUCUAGAGUUGUUGUGGUGGUCGAUUUUCGAUUGAAUCCCUAGGUUUCGUAUAUUGUUCGUCUUGAUAACCAUUACUCGACAACGUCCUAACAAUGCAUAAAUCAGAAGACGAAUAAGAAGGGUUGAUCGCGUUUAUAACUGAACCACACACAGUUAUCCAAUAUUACAGGUACGUCAAGCAAGCAUGAAAAAGCAGUGCCGUAGAGCCGAAUGAAUGAGUAAGCGUGUACAGUACGGUGUAGCGUAAUACAGAGCAGAGCAGAGAGCAAGCAGGGCAAGUGCAGUAAACAGGAUUAAGAUGUACAUAUAUAUAAGUGGAAAAGCAUGAAUCAUCGGAUCAAAUAAGCGAUUAAUAAUAAUGCUAGCGGAAUGAAUAUAUGCGUAGGCAGUGAGCAAUGUUCAAGCGUAUAUAAUAAAAGCACAAUGGUAUAGAUGGAUUGUUAUUGUAUGAAUGACUGUCGAUUAAAUAAGUUAACAAAAGGGCUUAGCUGAAUAAGAUGCAAACAAACUCAAUUGUAUCUGA